AUGGAUUACCAAACUUUCAAUAGCCACAAUAAUGCCUCGUUUGGCGCCCAGUUCUCCACCUCGACGGCGGCCCCGCAACACUCUCACUUCUACGCGGAACCUCAGGCCCGGAUCCAGCAAUCAAACCCAUCCUUUGCCUACGGCCAGUUCCCUAAUGGACAAGCCGCGUCGUUUCCGAGCAUGGGUGGCGCCAUGGGCAGUAGUAGUCAACAACAGCAACUACAGCAACUACAGCAGCAGCAGCAGCAGCAGCAGCAGCAGCAGCAGCUGUCGUCGCCGAGUCCUUAUUCCAACCCGCCCUACUCACAGCCGUUGCAGUCGCCCGCACACCAGCAGUUCGCACAAGCCCGCCAGACCGCCUCUCCUGCGAGCGCCAGUGGACAGCCGUAUGCGACGCCCCAGCCGCAGCAGUCGCCCAGCACCCUCGCGCCCAGCGGUCACCAGCAGCAGCCCAUGAAUUCGCACAACCCCGCAAAGUCGGAGCCCGCGCAGGCCCAGACGCCUGUGAAAGCUGUCCCUCCAUCGCCUGUGUCGCCCGUCACCCAGGCACGCAACCAAGGUCGCAUGGCCACGUUGCUUGAAAUCAACAGCAUCCUCAUCAAGGAGGUGUGCGACCUGCAGGCCCAGGGCAAGGCGGGACACGUCGGCCCUUCACCAGAUGGCAAGACGGACGGAGACAAGCCCCAGCCGUCAAAGGACUAUGUAGAGUGCAUGCGCCGCCUACAAGCCAACCUCGCCUACCUGGCGCAGAAUGCUGAGAAGAACCCCAAGCCCGGCCAGCAAAUGCAGCCCGGCCCCGCCAUCAUGUCGCCUCCCGCAUCGCCAGUCGAACUCGUCAAGUUGUACCAGAAGCUCCACGACCUUUUUCCAGGCUGGAAAGGACAGGUUGCCCAGAUCAAACAGUCUCCCGGACCACAGCGAAUGAACUCGAACACAUCACAGCCGCCGAAUAGCGCUGGCUUACAGCCAAAUUGGAGUCAGAACGCCAUGCAAAACAUGCAGCAAGCACAACAGCAACCCAAAGCCGAGCAGCAAUAG